AUGGACACGAUACCUGAGAAAAAAGAGAAGGAGCGCGCACCGAGGCCGCGGGGCGAGUGUUUCACACCAGCCAGUUCCUCUCACACGCACUUCUACAAGAAACCUCGGCCUAACGAAGACUUCGACAGAGUCACACGGGACCAGUUCCUCAGUAUAUCCGAGUCCAUAUCCGGCUCCAGCAAGUCUUACAAAUGCGUGCAUCCUGAAGGCAGGAAGUACUCAGAAAAGGCGCUCUUGAAAAGAAACAUUAAGAAAGAACUGGACCCUAUUCGAACAGACCGGAAGUGGUGUGGGGACUGCCCACCGACAUACGGCUGGGAGAUCGCCAAGACGCUGGAGUUCUUGGUCAUGGACCCCAUGGGAGUGCAGCAGACGGAACGCCUGCAGCAGCUGCUUGUGGAGUUCAGCAAGAUAUCCAACAAAGGCUUCAGAAUAGAUACCUUGGAUUGUUUGUGCACCAUUUUGGACUUCCUCGUGGAGUCGUUGACGACGACGCCGUCGUACCGCGAGGGUCUGGUCCUGCUGCUUAAGAACAUAAAGCUGCCGGUCCUCCUCAACGUGUGCUCUGAUGUCAUCACGCUCUUCGAAACGCUUAGAAACUUCAUUGGAUUCUUAGGCUAUCUCUUAAUGCGGUUGGAGGAUGACGAGCUAUUCGAGCUGGUGGCAGAGGGCCUGCUGUUCCAGCUGUCAGCUCCUGACUCCAAGAGGGGUCACGGGUCGGCGCAGCUGCGGCACACACUGGCUGCAGCCAAGAACGUGCUGAUAGAUACCGUGGCCAGAAUGAUCGCCGUCGCCAAGCCGAGCCGGUAUCCCGCCUAUUUGGAGAUCGCGUUCCUCUUGGCUUGCGAUUCUGUUGAUAAUUGUGUGGCGUUGAUGAUGGAGAACAUUAUAGAGAACAUCUUCUAUCGCUUCAACCCAUACUUUCCCCAUAGAUUGCUGCCAGACUACGAAUGUAACCCUGCAGAUUUGACCGACAUUAAUAUAAAACUAGGUGAGAGCAGCGUGAACCUGUCGAUGGUGCUGUCGCUGUUGCUGGUGCUGGUGAAGACCAUGAAGCAGUAUGUGGAGCAGAACCCUACCCGCUGCCGGCAACUGCCCUGUCCCGACAGAUACUCGCAGAUGUGUUUCAUAUGGGCGUAUCGCUACGAGUGUCGUGCGCGCGAGCACCGCCACCAGCGCAAUACUCUCACCGUGAUCGCCAACGUGCUGCUCCACGUCUUCGGAGACCGCCUGUGUAUCUUCUCCAACAUACUUAUGCCCGACGUUAUGACCCUGGCAGUGUUGACGGAGCUGCCCCCCAGGAACGACUGGACGCGUACCGUCAGCAUCAACACCUCGCGUGCUGACGUGCAAUUCAAGAAGAUGCUCGUGUACCUCAGCGUUGACUUCCUUAAAGUAUUUCCCAGUAAUAAAUUUAUGGUUGAAGACAGAAACUGGGUGACAGGAUUGAUAUAUCUGAUAGACCCUGGCCUUAGCAGUCUGCGAGCUAAAUGGAGCUCGGUGUUAUUCGCUGAGUUGCGGAAGACAGCGCUCCAAGCGUUGAUGGUAUCUAUGAAGCUAAUACCUGACAACCUGCCGACUCAACACAGCUUGAUCCGGAGGACGAUGUGGUACGUGGAAUGGUACUCAAUUAGUCCGUAUGAGCUGUCAGUUCUGUACUGGUGUGUGAGGGUCCUACAAGUGUCCCUCUACGAGAGAAAAGCUCCUAGUCGUAAAGUAGCAGUAAGAGAAUUACUUCAUAGCCACGGCAUUAUUGUGCUUAUGCACCUCUGCUACAAGCUGAUAGAGAUGCAGCCUCCUCUGGAGAAGAUGCAGAUGAUCCUGGGCUUGGUGCUGCGUGUCCUCACCAGCUCGUUGGAGUACAAGGGCCGGGUGACCUGCGUCGUCUAUCCCCACAUCAAGUGGCCCAACUCUAUUAACACCCUCGUCAAUGCUAUGCUCGAUAUGGUCAUGUUUUCCCUUGAAAAGCAUUACAUCACUAGCGACAGGUGGAUGAUAGCUUUGCUAAACUUCAUCUGGCAAGCAAUAAUAUGGAAACCUGAAUACAGGCAGAUGUUCUUGGACAAUAACGGCCUUUAUCAACUGCUGGAUAUGGUAACAAUGACACGGUACCCUGUGCAGUGCUUGGCACUGGCGCUGAUCUGUGACAUCGCUCGCGCCGGCGACGCCGUUGGACAGCUGGUCACCUGGAGAGCCGGCCUUGCUGCUAACUAUACCGACCCACAUCUGGUAAAUCGUGGCGCUACGAUAGCCACCCUACUGGCUGCACUGUUUAAAAGAGAAUGCAUUGCGGAAGAAAUCGCUCUUGACGAUAACAAUAUAAUACAAGAUUUGGAUUAUCCCCUAAUAUCGAGUGACGUUAAGAAGUAUAUGUAUUCUCAAGACUUCAAAGUGGGCAGGAACAAGAGGACGCCUGUCUGUCUCGCCGCAGCAGACUUAUCAGGGUCGAGAAUGUCCAAAUGUUAUGCCCUUUUGCAAAUGCUUUCCGAAGACUUAGAAGGGAAGGUGGCCCUGGCCGACGAAGCUUACAAUUUGUAUAAGAAUGUUAAAUUGACGCCAGAAGAUGAGGCAUUGUUGGUGCUCUGUUCUCAUUUCUUGACGAUAAAACUAAACGAGGCCUGGAUGGAGGCUCUCCUUCAAAGUCCCGGCUACGUCCCUAAAGAUAAGGACAUCCUGGAUGAAUUCCUACAAAUCGGCAGGGGCUGGGCUAAACAAGUUCAACAACAACAAAGGGAUGUGAUAGAUCAAUUCAAGAAAAAGGAAUCUGACAAAGAGUCCAGUCUGCACGCGUUCCUCGGACGCGUGCGCCUGAACAUAGCCUUGGACGCGUUGCGUGAAGUGCGUUGCGUAGCGCGCACAGCGGACCGCGAGCGCAUUGCGUAUGCGCUGCUCUAUGAAGCUGUGAACGCGUACAAACGCCGCUCCGUCGCCAUGAAGAAAAUCUACGCGCCUAUCAUACGCACUUUCGAGUCCGCUAUUGAUGAGACGAACGUCACCAGUCAGUACAUGAAAGUGUUCACCAUUGUACCUAAAGAGAAGCCGAAGAAAAUUAACUUCAGUUUAGUUUCUGAUGAUUCCGACCUUGGCGAAGAAGAGGCUAAAACGGUUUCUCAGACAUUGCCCUGA